CUCUCUCCUGACAGCUGAGGAAUUCAACAGGACUUGCAGACAUAAAGCAGACGGCUUCUACUUAAAACCAGGAGUAUCAAACCCAGUGUUCUUGGGCCCCACCUGCCCUGCCCCACAAUCUGAGGUCUUAGCGCUACAUCUGUUGUGACUCGUCCUGCAGACUUCCCCCUUCCUGCCUUUUCCUCCCCUUUCCCCCUCCGUCGCUGUCUAGCCCAGUCUCAGCCCAGCUGACAUGACACACUGUGGAUGUGGGUACGUGUGGAGCUGAAUGAGGAGACCUCCCUGCUGGAGUAAAACUUUGGAACACAUUGAAAAGAGGCUGAUAGCUGAAGCUUCUGGAGGAUAAAUUGGAGUCAGCUGACAAAGAGACGUAUAAACUCCAAAACCAAAGGAUUUUUUAGCAGAUAUGAAAAGCCAAACCGUGACUGUGUCUGUGGCUCUGCUGGCCCUUUGCUGCCUGCUGAUUCCCAGAGGAGGGAGGAGUGCCGGGGGAAUAGUUUCUCUCCUGCAGGAGAAGCAGACAGGGGAUCAGCUGCGAGACAAGUCCCUGGAUGACCCAGAGAGCGAGCAAGAUCUUGCAGUGAACCCACACCCACUUAGAGGCAGCCUCAAGGCCAAGCGAGAGACAGAAGGGACCUCACAGGCAGGCAUUUUGAGCAGGCUAAGAAGAGCACCGGAGGAAGACAAAAAGAAGAAGAAGGACAAAAAGAAGAACAAAGAACCAAAGGAUCCGAACGCCACCAAAAAGCCUAAAGCUGACAGGAAGGGAAAGAAGAAAGACAGGCAGACAACAACCCUCCCACCCACCACAACAACAGUUCCAACAGAACCCCCCACUGAGCCCCACGCUGAGCCUGACUACUAUCCUGAUUCUGACAAUGACUACUGGAAAUCAGACGAUGACUACUGGGGGGCUGACACAAGUCCAUCUCCAAGCACUGACCCCCCACACCUAUACUGGAAACCAGACGAAGGACAGCCAUCUGACCCCGUGACCGACGCCUACGUUGACUACUGGAAAUCGUUUGAAGAAGAGCCCUCGACUUCACCGCCCAUCUUCGACUAUGACUUCUGGAAGGAAGAUGAUAAGGAACCUUACUAUACAGUGACUGAUAACUAUGACACCUACUGGCGGGAGGUGGACCCGACCCCCGGGGCCCCUGGGAAGGUUGUGACAGACGGCAGCGAUUACUGGGAUGCAACACUUGAGCUUCCAGAUAAUCUGCCAAAUCCUGACCCUGAAGAGGUCAGCCCUGAGAUCAUAGUGGAAGCCCUCCCAGACGAACCCACAACCUCUGCUCCCUUUGAAAGGACCUGGUAUGAUGAUUAUGAUGAAUACGGAAUGAGGAAAAAGGACUAUGACACAGAUGAAAAGUGGGUAGAGAAAGAAAGAGAAGAAGCCAAGAAAGAGAGGGAGAGGGAGGAGAGAGAACGAGCACAGAAACUGAAGGAGGCAGAGGAGCGAGCCAGGAACAGACCACGUGUUUAUAAGGAGCCAAAAAAAUGUCCUCCUCUGGGCAUGGAGUCCCGUAAGAUUGAGUCAGACCAGCUCACAGCCUCAUCUAUGUCUCAGUAUAGGUUCUCUCCUCAGAGGGCACGCCUCAACAUGCAGGGCUCUGAGGACGAGGACAGUAUGAGAGGUGGAGCGUGGUGUGCAAACUCAGAGGACAGGAUCCACUGGUUUGAGAUUGAUGCUCGCAAGGAGACCGAGUUCACUGGAGUUAUAACUCAAGGACGAGACUCCCUGAACGAGAGUGACUAUGUGACAUCCUACUUCCUGGCUUUCAGCAAUGACAGCAGAGAAUGGACCACCAUUCAUGAUGGAUAUGCUGACUGGCUGUUCUUUGGAAACGGCGACAAAGACACUCCUGUCAUGAACCGGCUUGCGGAGCCUGUGCUCGCUCGCUACAUCCGAAUCAUCCCUCAGAGCUGGAACGGCUCUCUGUGCAUGAGGCUUGAGGUCCUCGGCUGCCCUCUGCCUGAUACAGGUGAUGCUCUGUACAGACAGAAUGAGGUGAUUCCUGUGGAUUACCUGAAGUUCAAACAUCACAGUUACUCAGAGAUGGUUGAACUCAUGAAGUCUGUGCAUGAGGAGUGCCCCAACAUCACCAGCGUUUACAGCCUGGGCCGCAGCUCUAAAGGACAGGAAAUCAUGGCAAUGAUCAUCUCUGGCAAUCCCACAGAGCAUGAAAUAGGUGAGCCGGAGUUUCGCUUCACGGCCGGCCUCCAUGGAAACGAGGCAGUGGGGAGAGAGCUGAUCCUGCUGCUCAUGCAGUACCUGUGCAAAGAAUACAAAGACAGGAACCCCAGAACCCAGCGCCUGGUGGAGGGAAUCCGCAUCCACCUGGUGCCCUCCCUCAACCCCGAUGGGCAUGAGAGAGCUUUUGAAGUGGGCUCAGAGCUGAGCAGCUGGACCACGGGACACUUUACUCAGGACGGCUUUGACAUCUUCCAGAACUUUCCUGACUUGAACAACAUCUUGUGGGAUGCUGAGGAUAAGGGCAUGGUGCCUAAACUUACCCCCAACCAUCAUGUGCCCAUGCCAGAAAACUUUGAGUCUAAUUCCUUGAUUGCAGUGGAAACCAGAGCCAUAAUCUCCUGGAUGAAUAGCUAUCCAUUUGUGUUGGGUGCAAACUUCCAAGGCGGAGAAGCAAUUGUGGCCUAUCCUUAUGACAGUUUACGCUUCAACAAGCCUCCCGAGAGCCAGCAAACCCGCAGCCGCAAGAAGAGACAGUACGAGGAUGAAGGUUUUGAUGUGACCGAGUGGGGAAGGGGAUACCAGGAGGAGCCAGAGGAAGAUUGGAGAAGUGUAGGAUAUGCACAGCCGGAGGAAGAGUGGCGGGGUCAUGGGUAUGACCCUGGAUACGACCACGGGUAUGACCACGGCUACAGCCAGGGUUAUGGCCACAGGGAGGAAGAGGAGGAUGAUAGAGGGCGGGGGGCUGGACACCAGUAUGCUGAACCCGAAGACGAGCCCCGGGUAACUCCAGACGAGUCCCUGUUCAGGUGGCUGGCUGUGUCGUACGCCUCCACACACUUGACCAUGACACACAACUACCAUGGAUCCUGCCACGGAGACACACCCGAAGGGGCGCUCGGCAUGGUCAACCGGGCAAAGUGGAAGCCAGUCACUGGGAGUAUGAAUGACUUCAGCUAUCUUCACACCAACUGCUAUGAGUUGUCCAUAUUCCUGGGCUGUGAUAAAUUCCCUCAUCAGAGUGAGUUGGCACAGGAGUGGGAAAAAAACAGAGAAGCAAUGCUAACCUUCAUGGAGCAGGUGCACCGUGGCAUCAGAGGCAUUGUAAAAGAUCAGCAGGGGAAUCCUAUCGCAAACGCAACAAUAUCUGUGGAGGGUAUAAACCAUGAUGUUACCACAGCCCCAACAGGGGACUACUGGCGACUGCUGAAUCCGGGGGAGUACAGAGUGACGGCAAAGGCUGAGGGCUUCUCCUCCGAGACUAAACUCUGCGUGGUGGGUUACGAGCCCGGUGCGACCAGCUGCAGCUUUAACCUGGCUAAGUCCAACUGGGAUCGCAUUAAACAGAUCAUGGCGCUUCACGGCAACAAGCCAAUUCGACUCAGUUACGGCAACUCCAGACCACAUAACCCUUCAGGCAGAAUCAACCACAGAGGUGUGAUGGAUGGCAACAACCGUUUUUCUUCAAACUCCGGUUUAAGUCCUGAGCAAAAGAGGAGGAGGUUCAGGAUUGCCCGUUUACGGCGUAUUCAGCAGCAGAAGUUACUGACGUUGAGAUCGACGACGUUGGCCACAACAACGACAACGACGACAGCAGCUCCAACAACGUCGUGGUACGACUCAUGGCCAAUAGGGGAGGGAGAAUCCUUCACGCCUGGCCUGGAUUAUAACUACAAGAUCGACGACUAUUAAACCAAAACCACUCAGCUUGUUUCAGUAAACGGCCACAGGUUUUGUUAUUGUAGCCCUUGUUGUCAGCCCAGUCUUUUAAAUAAGACAAGCAGUGAGAAUGUACAUGUAGCUAUGGUGAAAAAGAGUUACACAUCACCUAAAAACUAACACAUGCUUAUAGAAAGAUCUGUCCAGUUCAAAGUGUUUUUGUUCCUUUUGUAAAUGUAUGCUUAAUGAAAAUAUGUUUAUUGUGAACACACGUUAAAAACAAACAGUUGAAUUAUUUACACUGUCAUCACUCAUGUCAGUAACAGUUUUUACAGGAUGAUAAGUCGUUAUUGUGUAAAAAGCAGGUCACUAUGGCGGCCCGAUCAAAUGCACAAUUCUGUCUUAAUAAAACUGAUGAUAAACAA